UAACACUGGUCAAUUCGCCAAGAAGAAGAACCUCUCCAGCAAGAACAUGGCAAACAAAUAUCUCAUCAUCUUCUGUGUUCUCCUGUACAUUUUACCCCUGACAAAAGGAAUGUCUGCUCCGCAUCAAGGUCAACGUUGCUUAUGCCACAAAUCGAGUAAAAGACUAAAUGUUAAAGAAACGACAAAAAUUGAAAUUUUUCCAAAAAGCACAUCUUGUGAAAGAAUUGAAGUUAUAGCUACCAUCAAGGACAAAAGCAAAACUGUAAAAACAAAAUGCAUCAAUCCUAAAGCAAAACUAGUAAAGGAAAUAAUCUCUGGAAAGAUACGGAAAAUGAAAGGCAUGAGAGUGAUCAAUCAUCUUAAAGCAUAAUCUCAGAUGGUGGCUUUCGCUCCGUCAUUCACGUUAUCAAAAAUGUGAUCCUGCCUUGUUCCAGCAAAAAUAUGGUUAAAGAAA